AUGUUGCUCUUGUGGGCGUUUGGUUUGGUGUCUUCGGCUUGGAUCUCGUCUCCUCGUUCGGUAGCUGUUCGUGCUAAUAGUAGAGGACUGUUUUCGUCGUCGACAAGAAACAAUGACGGGUGGGACGCCACCAAGUAUGAGAAAUUUUCGCCAUCGCAAAGUGCUCGUUCGGAAUUCAACCCUUCCACAGGUCAAUAUGAAGACCCACCACCUGGACCCGGCUUUGUGAAUGUGCGCCCACCACCCCAGUCUCGGCAGUUCUCCGGUCCACGGCAGCCAAAUGCUCCGGGCAACAACUUUGCCCCGAGCAAUGGCAGGGUUCCGGAAUAUCAGAAUGGGCCGAACAGCCAUGGUUUUAAUAAUGACCCCCGCAGCAAUGGACCUAACAAUGGUUUUGGCAACAAUGGCUUUGAUGUGCGCAAUAACCCACCACCUGGUCCAUUUGGCGGUAACAACUUUGAUACCCGCAACCAGCCAAACAAUG